AUGAGUGAUUCUACUUCAAACAAACAAUUUCAUACAGUCGUCAUUCGUGGUGAUCUUCCAAAAAUUGAGAAACAAUAUGAAGGUAAGACUCCUAUGCAUCUACCUGAAGCGAAUCAUUGGAUCCUUGGAGUUAUGAAGCAAGUUGACAAUGACGAAUGUGGUAGUAACAUUGAAUAUGAUCGAUUCAAAGUACAACAUACAAUUUCUAAUGGACCAUAUACAACAUAUAGUGGUGGUCAUGCCGUAUUUCGUGCUUAUCUCAAUGCCUAUAAUUCACACGAAGAUAUUGUUCUUUCGCCAGAUGAUCUUUGGUUAAUGAUAACGAUUUACUUUGCUAAAUAUGUCAAUACCAAUGCUGAAAAGUUCGGACACCUCUUUGUUAGUCACGAAGGAAAGAUGAAAUUGACCAUUAAACAAGUGCAACCAAAUCCUGAUUGGAAUGCAUUUCUCGAGAGUAUGCGCAUCGAAAUUGGUAAAAAUGUCAAUAAUAAUAUUGUUUCUCUUUUAACCGCCAACUAUUCAACUACGGGUCAGGUUGAAUCAUUAUUGUCAUGCGCUACGAUUAUGAAUAUUUUCAAAAAGUAUUUCGAUUAUGGACUUAGAAUGACGUGGUGUGGCAUUCGAAAAGUACAUUUUCUCGGCACAAUCGAUGACUGGUUACUUCUUCGACAGAAGACAGAACAAUUACAAACAUUUACAACAUCUGAAGACGAGUUUUCGACUUAUAUCAAGGGUGUAUUACCACUACUCGAUCAAUUUAUUCAAACUUAUCGUGGUUAUGUAGAUAAUCAAUUUUGGGACAAAAUCUUUGACAUCGAACACGUUGGUCGUGGAUCAGGAAGCUGGAAGAAGCUUACAGGUAGGGAACUGCAAAGUGGUCCCGGUCCCGGUCCCGGUCCCGGUCCCGCGGGACUGGGACCGGGACCGGGACCAAAUUUCUCUAAAUUACCGGGACCGGGACCGGGACCGGGACCAAGACUAAAAUUGUCAGAUAAUUCCUCAAUGUUUUUACCAAAAUUGACAAAUGUCUUAUUUUAUAGUUCAAGAAAAACCGUAUAG